AUGGCAGGCUACCAUCACCGUAUGGUCAUUUUAGCUCGCAUGCCUGAAACAAACGUAUCCAUAAAUGGGGAUAAAUUACCGGACAGACUAGGAUUUUGGAGGGCUAUUGAUACCGAAAGUGCAAGUCAUAUGGCUUGCAUGAGAACUGCAAGGCUAGGUAAAUUUCUUUCACCAAUACAUGCUUGA